UCUUUGACAUUAAAAGCUACCAGACUGUUACAUUUUUACGGAAGAGAAAAGUUAAUGAACUUCAGAAUUUCUCUUGCGGGGAAUCUGAGUACUUAUUUUACUUUCAUCAGAGUCCAAAUGAGAGCAUACAUUUUCCUCUGUUUGAUGUGCUGGGCAAGAUCUGCAGAUUUUUCUCUUUCAUCAAAAGCUACACCAGUGUCCAGGAACCUUCUUGAAAAAAAGGCGAGUAAUAGACCAUGCCUUGAAUUCUCUCAACUCAGUGUAAAGGAUUCCUUCAAAGAUUUGUUUAACCCCCGGAUAGAGAUGUUUCUGAUGCUGUACACAAGAAAGAACCUCAACUGUGCUGAAUCACUGCUUGAACAGAAUAGCUCACUUAACAUGAAUUUCGAUAUAAAUAAGAAGACAGUUUGGCUUAUUCACGGAUACAGGCCAAUGGGCUCCACUCCUUCUUGGCUAAAGAAUUUUUUAAGGAUUUUGUUGAAUCAAGAUGAUAUUAAUAUAAUCGUAGUAGACUGGAACCGGGGAGCUACCACUCUUAUUUAUAACAGAGCAGUCAAAAACACGAAAAAAGUAGCUCUACUUCUGAGUAAGUGCAUUCACAAUCUUUUGAAGCAUGGAGCCUCUCUUGAUAAUUUUCAUUUCAUAGGUGUGAGCCUAGGGGCUCAUAUUAGUGGAUUUGUUGGAAAGCUAUUUCAAGGUCAACUUGGAAGAAUAACAGGUCUUGACCCUGCUGGGCCAAAAUUUUCUGGAAAACCAUCUAUGGACAGAUUAGAUUACACCGAUGCAAAGUUUGUGGAUAUCAUUCAUUCUGAUGUCAAUGGCUUAGGUAUUAACGAGCCACUGGGACAUAUAGAUUUUUACCCAAACGGAGGAAAAAAACAGCCUGGCUGUCCUAAAACAAUUUUUUCAGGCAUUGAAUUUAUUAAAUGUGAUCACCAGAGGGCAGUUUACUUGUUCAUGGCAACUCUGGAAACAAAGUGCAAUUUUAUUUCCUUUCCUUGUGCUUCCUACAAUGAUUACAAGAUUGGCUUAUGCAUGGACUGUGAAGGCUUUAGUGAUGGUUUUAAGAAAAAAUCAUGUCCUAAGCUAGGUUAUCAAGCUGAGCUGUGGAAAGAUAUCUUAAUAGAAAAAAGAGAAAGGUCACUUAGGACCACUGUCUUUUUGGAUACUACUGGUACAAAGCCAUUCUGUACCUAUUAUUUUGUUCUCAGUAUCAUCGUUCUGAAUAAAACUAUGAAAGAUGGCUAUAUUAAAUUUAAAUUAUUAAAUCAACUUGGGAUGGUUGAAGAACCUAGACUUUAUGAGAAAAGCACAUCAUUUUAUAAAUUUCAGGAAGUCAAGGUUCUUGCUCAGUUUUUGAAUGAUGUAAAUAUUUCAAGAAUUGGCUUGACCUAUUUUCAGAGUUCAAACCAUCUGUGUUUCACAUGCGGCUACAACAUUCAUCGCCUCAUGUUGAAGUCACUGACCUAUCCAGAGAGGCCGCCGCUUUGCAAUUACAAUUUUUUACUUAAAGAAAGUGAGGAAGUAUUUCUUAGCCCAAGCACAUGCAAGCCACAAGAAAUCUAAGAUGUCUUCUUCCGUCAGAUCUUUACAACUUGUUUGUGAAGAGAAUACUACCAGCAUUUAUUAUAUAUGCUAUUCUUCAACUGGGGGUUCUAAUAGUUCUAUUUAUGAAAUUUUUAAGAAUCAAAAUAUACGAAAAUAAAAAUAUGUAUGGCCAAGCAUAUUUUUAAAGCUAUUGAUUUCUGUGUACCUUGUCUAUUUCCUAAAUCAAAUAUUCUCCAUUGAAUGUCUCCCUCUGUUGUGCAUUAUUAACAGAUAAAUAUGUAUUGAGAAUAAAGGAGAAAUUUACUGCCUCAACUUACUGUCUUAACAGUGCUAUGAUAUGCUAGCCAGCUUUCUGUGAUAAGAUAAAUACAUAUUUUUGACUUAUAAAUUUGUCAUAUGAGGACAUUGUUUGGCUAAAUGUAACUUGUUAACAUAGAUAUGAUUUAUGUUUAGUUACUUAUUUGGUAUUUUUAUAACUCUUUGUAAAAUAAAGACUCUUUCUAUAGAAAUCAGUGAUCUCUGAACUUAAAAUGCUCAAGGUCACAUUCUGCAUUCACCACAUACUAAUUGUGCCAUAUUGAGUAACACUUUUUUUCUGCCAUGUUUCAGUCACCUAACACUUUUUUGGUGAAGAUUGAUUCAAUAAAUUG